AUGCUGAGGAUCCUGAGAAGCGGUCAAAAGUGGAUUGUUGCACAUCAAGUGAGAAAGAUGAGUUCUCAGAAUCUUCCAACUCUUCCUCAAGUUCUCGAGAAGCUGCGAGAAUUCGCGCCGGAGAGCCUGGCAGAGUCGUGGGACAACGUGGGACUGUUGAUCGAGCCGGCAACGCCAAAAUCCAUCUCAGGCAUCCUCAUGACGAACGACCUGACUGAAGAAGUGCUUAGGGAGGCUGUGAAUGGGAAAGUAGAUCUCAUAAUCUCUUAUCAUCCGCCGAUCUUUGAGUCCCUCAAGCGCAUCACGCAGUCUUCGUGGAAGCAGCGGAUUGUGGCCAAGUGUCUGGAGCAGGGAAUCGCCGUGUAUUCGCCCCACACGGCGUGGGACAGUGUUCGAGGGGGCGUCAAUGACUGGCUGGGAGAAUUUCUCGAGAAGGAGUACGGCAAAGGCCAGCCAAUUGUGCCCAAUCAAGAUGUUCCUGAUUGUGGCGCUGGAAGGAUUUAUCAAUGUGCCGGACAAAGUGGACUCACGCUGGCUGACAUCAUCUCUGGCCUCAAGCGCCACAUCUCCACUCCCGAUCAGCACGUGCCUGUGGCUCUGGUGCAUCCUCUGGCGCACAAGGUGAAGUCUGUGGCUCUCUGCGCGGGUUCUGGAUGGAGCGUGCUGAAGGGCCUGAAAGCUGAACUCUUCAUCACCGGGGAAAUGUCGCACCACUUCGUGCUGGACGCGAAUCACUCUGGUUCAAGCGUCAUCCUUACGAAUCACAGCAAUUCCGAGAGAAACUUCCUGCCGACAUUCAAGAAGCACCUGGAAAAGAGCCUCCCAGAAGUGACUGUGACUGUCUCUGUGACUGAUCGUGAUCCCCUCACGCUGGACACAUUGUAAGCGAAGCAU